AUGGUUUCUAUUCUAAGGUUGUCAUACCAGAGGAUAUUACAUCAAAUAUCUGUUUUACUCCCAGUUAAACAAUUAAAAUCAGUAUUCUUUGGUUCUAUCGUGGUUAUUUUAUUAUUUCAACUUUUUUUACUCAAUAAAAGUCAUGGUAUAGUUAAGAUUAAUACUGGUGGAAACAAUAAUCAACCAUCAAAUGAAAUACUGAUUAUUGAUAAAUCAACACCUGUUUCAUCUCAUUAUAAACAUUUAUUAAACAAAUAUUCAGAAAACUUCCCAACUUUACCUUUUAAUAAAAAAUGUGAUUUAUAUUUUGAUGAAUUAUAUAAACAAAAUGAAGAUUGGGAAGUUGUUGAUGUUUCAAAAGAUCAUAAUAAAGAAUAUAAUAAAGAAGCUUUCAAUUAUGAUAAAUUCAUAAAGGACAAAAUUGAUGAAUAUAAAAAGAAAAAUGAAGGUAAAGAACCUACUGAUGGUAAAAAAGCUGAAUUUGAAUUAGAAUUUCAAAAAGUCUUGGAAACCACAAAUGAAGCUGAACAAGGUAUGAUUGAUGCUGUUACUCAUUUAAGAGUCUUUGGUAAAUGUUAUUUAAAUGAUCAAUCUUAUUCAAAUUCAAUUUUUUCAAAUUGGUUAAAUGAUAAAGAUGCUCAAAAACAAGAUGAUGAAAAAAUUGAUAUGUGUUAUGAUAUUGAACAAAGAUUAUUCCCUUGGUUAAGUAGAGAAUUACCAGUUUUCAAAAGAUGGACUGGUGAUACAAUUAUUGGUAUCCCAAAAAUGUCAAAAUAUGUUGAUGAAACUUAUGAUGAUGUUGAUAUUCCAUGGAGUUCUAAAAAUGGUGAAUCUGAAGAUUCAGUUGACCUAAAUUCAAAAGAAACAAAUAAAGAUCCACAAGUUACAAAAGUUGAUCGUUUUAGUUCAAGAUUUGGUAAAAGAUAUGAAAGAAAAGAUUGUUUCUUAAAUAAAUGGAGAUCAAUGUUAAAUGGUAAAGGUAUUGUUUUAUCAGCUGCUGAUAAAUAUGAAGGUGAUUUAAUUGGAUUAAUUAGAAUUCUUAGAGCUUUAAAUAAUAAAAUUCCUGUUCAAAUUGUUCAUAAAGGUGAUUUAAGUGAAAAAGUUCAAAAUAAUUUAAUUAAAGUUGCAAGAUCUGAUGAAGUUAAAGUUCCAAAAUAUCUUUUCGAUAAAGUUAAAGAUCAUUCUCCACAAAAUUUCCCUAAACAAGAAAUUUGGUUUGUUAAUGCUAAAAGAUGUAUUAGACCUGAAUAUAGAGGAAAUUUUAAUAUGUAUGCAAAUAAAUUAAUUGCAUAUUUAUUUAAUUCAUUUGAUGAUAUUCUAUUAAUGGAUACUGAUUCAAUUCCAUUAAUUAAACCAAUUGAAUUUUUUAAAAGUGGACCAUAUCAAAGAACUCAAACAAUUUUUUUCAAAGAUCGUUAUAAUAUGGAAAAAGUUUCAAAACAUGAUUCUGAAUAUUUUAAAAGAUUAAUGCCUGGUAAAAUUGAUGAAAGUUUAUAUACAGUUCCAAGAGCAACUAAUAAUACUUUUGAAAAUCGUUAUAUUAAAAAUCAAUUCCGUCAUGUUAUGGAAGCUGGUGUUGUUGGUAUUAAAAGAUCAACUCAUUUCAUUGGUAUUUUAACUUCAAUUCAAUUAAAUUUUUGGACUGCAACAAAUUCAAGAAUUUGGGGUGAUAAAGAAUUAUUUUGGUUAGGUCAAUCUAUAAGUGGUAAUGAAAAUUAUGAAUUUAAUAAGUAUGAUGUUGUCGCAGUUGGUGAAUUAACUCCAAUGGAAGAAAGACCAAGAAAUACUAUAGCUCAUGAAUUAUGUUCAACUCAUCCAGGUCAUUUAAGUGGUGAUGAUGAUUAUACUUUAAUGUGGAUUAAUUCAGGUAUGAGAUUUUGUAAAGUUGAUACAUGGAAUGGUGAUGUUCAAGAUGAACGUAUGAAGAAAAAGGCUAAAGAUGCUAAAGAAUUAGAAUCAUUUUAUAAAAAUCCUGUCAAGAUUAAUGCCGCUUUAAUUCCUCCAGGUGGUGAUCGUUCAAAACCAAAUAAUAAUCAAGAACCUGCAUUUGGUUGGAUUAUGACACCUCCAUGUAAAGGUUAUUAUUGGUGUGCUUAUGAUAUAUUGGGUGGAUCAACAGAUCCAAGAGAUCGUGGUGCUUAUGUUGAAUAUGAUAAUGUUACAGAAUUUAGAAAUGAAUAUUUAGGUAAAUUAUGGUUAAAUCAAGAUCUUGUUGAUUUAAGUAAAUAUGAUAAAGAAAUUUUAAAAGAUCAAGAAAAUUUAAAAUUAAAACAAAAAGAAGAAGAAGAAAAAAAACAAAAAGAAAAACAACAAAAGGAACAAAUUGAAAAAGAAGAAAAAUUAAAAGCUGAAAAAAUUGCAAAAGAAGAAGCAGAAGCUAAAAAACAAGCAGAAGCAGAAGCAGAAGCAGAAGCUAAAAAACAAGAAGAAGCUGCUCCACAACCACAAGUUGAACCAAAUCCAAAUCCAAACCCAGAUUCAAUUCCAAUUCCUGAAGCUGCAGAUAAAAUAUGA